AUGGAAGAAUUACUCGCGAAACACCGCAAGGAGAAGCGAGACCUCCAGGCAAGGAUCACGCAGAAAAAGAAAAAUGCAACCAAGAAGACCAGAAAGGGGGUCAAUGACGAGUGUGAAAGACUCGAGCGAGAACUGGCUGAGAAGCAGCAGGCCGAGAUUCAGGACUUGGAUCCCCAAGAUCCCAAUGAAGUACAGGAGACGCUGGAGGAUCUGGCCAUCAGUGAUCAACCAGGAAGCGAAAUCAAUGGCCAGCCAGAAUUGGAACCGGAACCUCUUCAACAAGUCGACCCUGCAACACCAACGUCAGGGGAUCAGUCCCGGCAUCGAAAGCCAAACCGGCAAAAAGCAAGACUGGCACGGCGAGCAGCGGAGCAAGAGGCACAAGCAGCGGCGGCCGCUCUUGAGGCGGAGAACAUUCCCGAUCUCCGUGAGCAAGAACUCGCUAGCAUGAAGCAACAGAUGAGCAAACUAGGCUUGUCAGAAACGCUCAUCCGGCCGGACGGUCACUGUCUCUUUUCCGCCUGCGCACACAGCAUGCCUCUCGACAUACUUGCAACAAAAGCCGCAGGGAACAAAAAGGAGCCGUAUGAGAGAGUUAGAUAUGCAGCAGCAGAGUUCAUGGCUCAACAUCCCGAGGAUUUCGAGGCAUUCAUGGAGGAGCCGUUGAACGCGUAUGUGAGCAAGAUCAGAGAUACGGCAGAAUGGGGUGGCGAGUUGGAGUUGCAGGCUAUUGCGCGAUCGUACAAUGUCGAGAUCAACGUGCUUCAAGCGGAUGGCCGGGUGGAAAAGAUCUCCUCCCAAAGCGGACCAAACGACACCAUCUGGCUGGCAUAUUACCGACACAGCUUUGGGUUGGGUGAGCACUAUAAUGCGCUGAGGAAAGUGGACAAAAGUUGA